AUGCCUGGAGCGAUGGAUCCGUUGCCCAGGGUCCAGGAGCACUUUUAUGGAGGUGUGGCGGCGCACAAUGCACCAACAGGGCCUCUGGCUGACUUUGUGCGGGAAGCGGGCGGGCACAGCGUCAUCUCUAAAGUGUUGAUUUGCAACAAUGGCAUCGCCGCUGUCAAGGAGAUCCGGUCUGUGCGGAAGUGGGCGUAUGAGACUCUAGGCGACGAGCGAGCCGUUCAAUUCACCGUGAUGGCAACGCCCGAGGACCUUCAAAUCAAUGCCGAGUACAUCCGCAUGGCGGACCAAUAUGUGGAAGUGCCAGGCGGCUCAAACGCAAACAACUACGCGAACGUCGAGCUUAUUGUCGAUAUUGCCGAGCGCUUGGGCGUGCAUGCCGUGUGGGCGGGAUGGGGCCAUGCGUCCGAGAACCCCCGGCUGCCCGAGAUGCUCGCGCGGCUCGAGCCACGGAUCCUCUUUAUCGGCCCGCCCGGCUCGGCGAUGCGUUCGCUCGGCGACAAGAUCUCGUCCACGAUCGUUGCGCAGCAUGCAGAUGUGCCAUGCCUCCCGUGGUCGGGCACUGGGCUCACUGAGACCAUUGUAAGCGAGCAGGGCUUCCUCACUGUGCCCGACGACGUGUACCGCCGAGCGUGUGUGCAUUCCCCGGAGGAGGGUCUCGAAACCGCGCUGCGCAUUGGCUUUCCGGUGAUGAUCAAGGCAUCAGAAGGCGGUGGCGGCAAAGGUAUCCGCAUGUGCCCGUCUGCCGAGUCGUUCUCGCAACUGUACCACGCGGCUGUGGGCGAAGUGCCCGGCUCGCCGAUCUUUAUCAUGAAGCUCGCAGGACAGGCGCGGCACCUGGAGGUGCAGCUGCUCGCUGACCAGUAUGGCCAGGCAAUCAGCGUGUUUGGCCGCGACUGCUCCGUGCAACGGCGGCACCAGAAGAUCAUUGAGGAGGCGCCCGUGACCAUUGCGCCCCCCGAGGCACGCAUGCGCAUGGAGCAGGCGGCCGUGCGUCUCGCCAAGCUGGUCGGCUACGUGUCGGCCGGCACGGUCGAGUGGCUCUACUCGCCCGACACUGGCGACUUGGCAUUCCUCGAGCUCAACCCCCGCCUGCAGGUCGAGCACCCGACGACCGAGAUGGUCUCCUCGGUCAAUAUCCCGGCGGUGCAGCUGCAGAUUGCCAUGGGCGUGCCGCUCGACCGCAUUGGCGAUAUCCGCGAGCUGUACGGGGCGCCGCGCGACGGCGCGACGCGCAUCGACUUUGACACGGUGGACCGCUCCCUCGCUACGCGGCCGCAGCCGCAGGGCCAUGUCGUGGCGUGUCGCAUCACAGCGGAGAACCCCGACACGGGCUUCAAGCCCGGCAUUGGCGCGCUAUCCGAGCUGAACUUCCGCUCCUCGACGUCGACGUGGGGCUACUUUAGUGUGAGCCACAGCGGUGCACUGCACCAGUACGCGGACUCACAGUUCGGCCAUGUGUUCGCGCUGGGCGCGAACCGCGACGAGGCCCGUAAGAACAUGGUGUUCUCGCUGAAAGAGCUGUCGAUCCGCAGCGAGUUUCGUACGACAGUCGAGUACCUGAUCAUGCUUCUCGAGAUGGAGGACUUUGUGCGCAAUGACAUCACGACCGGCUGGCUCGACGGGCUCAUCGCGCGCCAGCUGACUGCGCGCAAGCCGCCGACCGACCUGGCCGUCGUGUGUGGCGCCACGGUCCGCGCACACGGACUGGCGCAGGAGUGUCGCGCCGAGUUCAAGCGCAUCCUCCAUCGUGGCCAGGUGCCGCAGCGCUCGACGAUCCGCACGAGCUUCCGCGUCGAGUUCAUCUACGAGCAGGUCCGCUACAGCAUAGUCGCAGUGCAAAAUGCGCCGACAGGCUGGACGUUGUACCUCAAUGGUAAGAGCACACGCGUCGCAUUGCGUGAGCUGAGCGAUGGCGGCCUGCUCGUUAGUCUCGGCGGCCAGUCGCAUGCCGUGUAUGCGCUCGACGAGGUCGGGCAAACGCGCCUGACGAUUGACCAGCAGACCUGCAUCAUCGAGGAGGAGAGCGACCCCACGCAGAUCUGCUCGCCGUCGCCCGGCAAGCUCGUGCGCCUGCUCGUCGCCUCGGGCGCGCAUGUCGUCGCUGGCCAGACGAUCGCGGAGAUCGAGGUCAUGAAAAUGUACCUGCCGCUCGUGGCGCAGGAGAGCGGUACGCUGACGUUUGUCAAGUCGCCAGGCGUCUCACUGAACCCGGGCGACUUGCUUGGUGUGCUGGCCGUCGACGACCCGACCAAGAUCACGCGCGCCGAGCCGUUUGUCGGAUGCCUGCCCGAUUAUGGCCUGCCCGAGGUGCAGGGCACCAAGGCGCACCAGCGCUUCCAGGCUGCGCUCGACACGCUGCAUCAUAUCCUGGAUGGCUACGACCAGUCGGACGCGCAGGACGAGGCCGUGUGCACGUUCAUCGAGUGCCUGCGCAUGCCGUCGCUGCCGUACGCGCAGGCCGGCGCGGUGCUGUCGACGCUGAGUGGCCGUCUGCCGGGCAAUACCGAGGCGGAGCUGCGCGCGGAGAUGGAGCGUGCCGAGGCCGCGGGCACGCCGUUCCCUGCACAGGCGAUGCGCCGCCGCGUCGAUGGCGCGCUAGCCUCGGUGACCGAUACGGCCGCGCACCUGGCGCUCUCGACGGCACUGGCGCCGCUGUAUGUGCUGCUGGAUGCGCAUGCGCUUGGGCUGUGGUACAAUGAGAUUCAGACGCUCAGCGCGCUGUUGGAGCGCUACGACGCGGUUGAGUCGCAGUUCCAGCGUGGUCCUGAGGCCGUGCUGCACCUGCGCACGGCCUCGGACGGCAACCUGGACGAGGUGCUGAGCCUGCAGGUAUCGCACGAAGGCGUCGUACGCAAGAAUGCGCUCCUGCUGACCCUGCUCACGCAGUACGUCCAGCACUCGGACAUGGCGUCCAAGACGGAGCAUGCGCAGCGCAUGGUUGCCGUGCUGCGCGCGCUCUCGCAGCUGCGUGGCGCGGACACGGCGCCUGUGGCACUCAAGGCACGCGAGAUCCUGAUCCAGGCCGCGAUGCCCUCCCUGUCGGAGCGGCAGGCGCAGAUGGAGGAGGUGCUGCGACGCAGCACGGUGCGCAGCGAGGAGGGCGUCGUGACACCCUCGCUUGAGGUGCUGCGCGAGCUGAGUGAUCUGCCGUACAAUGUGUCGGACGUGUUGCACUCGUUCUUUGCGCACGCGCAGAUGCCCGUCGCCUAUGCCGCGCUCGUCACGUACAUCCUGCGCGUGUACCGCGCGUACGACAUUGUCGGGAUCAACUUUGCCACCGAGCAGCUCGACCGCGAGCGCGCGCUCAUCACAUGGUACUUCCAAAUGUCCGCCGAGGUGCUGUCGAACCGCGCGAAGGAGAAGGAGCGCCAGGCCUCGUCCACAGACCUGGCGCAUCACAUGAGGCGCCGCACGCGCCCCAAGCUGCGCAUCGGCGCUAUGACUACGUGCCCCUCGCUGAGCGAGCUGCCGACGGUGCUGCGCCGCGUGCUCAAGUACUAUGGCGAGGGCAACACGGAUGCGGAUCCGGUCAAUGUGCUGACGAUCGCGACGCCGCACGAGAAGCCACUCGAUGACGGCGCUUUUCCGACGCACAUCGGAGACGUACUCACCGAGCUGGCGCCCGCCCUCGCCCAAGCAGGUCUCCGUCGCGUAUCGAUCAUGCUGUGCACGAACGGCAUGUACCCCCUCUUUGCGACGUACCGCUGCCUGCGCGACGGCUCGUGGCAGGAGCACCGCGCGAUCCGCAACGUGGAGCCGGCGCUCUCCUACCAGCUCGAGCUCGACCGCAUCCAGCCGCACUUUGAGAUUACGCCGUUGCCCAUGUCGUCGUCCAGCGUGCACCUGUAUCAUGCUCGGGGCCUCGACAACCCCGCGGACGUUCGCUUCUUUGUGCGUGCAUUGGUCCGCCCGCAGCGCGCACCGAGCGAUGUGCCCUUGUACCUGCUGUCCGAGAGCGAGCGCGUCCUCACGGAAGUCUUCAACACACUCGAAGUGGCGCAGGGCCGCAAGGAGUACAGCAGCGCCGACGGCUCGCACAUCUUCCUGUCGUGGCUGUACCCGCUCGAUGUGCCGCUGGAGCGUGUCAUGGAGACGUGCCGUCAGUUCGAGGCGCAGUACGCCGACCACUUCCGCCGCCUGCGCAUUGACGACGCAGAGAUCCGCCUCAUCCUCAUUAACCAGGGCCUGCAGCGCCCGCUGCGCAUCUUUGUGACGACGGAGACGGCGUUCACCGUAUCGUUCACCGCGUACGACGAGGUGAUCGACGUGAACGGCGCCGCGGUGCUCCGCGCGCUGAGCCACCCGCCCCGGCAGUCGCUGCUGCACCGCAAGAGUGCGCAUCGCGCAUACCCCAACCGUGCGCCGCUGCAGACGCGCCGCGUCAAGGCGGAGCGCCUCGGCACGACGUUUGUGUACGACCUGCCCGACGCACUGCGCCAGGCGCUCCGCGCCCUCUAUGCGCAGACGACGCAGCCCGUGCCGGAGAACCCGCUGCUCGAGGUGCGCGAGCUCGUGCUAGACGGCGACGACAUCCGCGCCGAGGAGCGCCCCCCCGCGCAAAACACGAUCGGUAUGGUCGCCUGGCAGCUGCGCCUCGAGACGCCCGAGUUCCCGGAGGGACGCCCCCUCGUUGUCCUCGCGAACGACGUCACCUGGCAGGCCGGCUCGUUCGGGCCGCUGGAAGACGCGUUCUUCGCGCGCGUGUGCCGCUAUGCGCGCACGGAACGCAUCCCGCUGCUGUACGUGUCGGCCAACAGCGGCGCGCGCCUCGGCCUCGCGACCGAGCCGAUGGACCUCUUCCGCGCCAAGUUCGUCGACGACGACGCGACCAAGGGGCUCGAGUACCUCUAUGUGGAUGCCGAAGGCCUCGCGCGCCUCCCGCCGGGCUCCGUCCAGACGCGCGCGCUCUCGCUGGCCGACGGCACCGUCCACCAUGUGCUGACGGACGUGAUCGGCGCGCCGAACGGGGGGCUGGGCGUCGAGUGCCUGUCAGGCAGCGGCCUCAUCGCCGGCGAGAUGAGCCGCGCCAGGCAGGCCACCUUUACCACGACGAUUGUGACGGGCCGCAGCGUGGGCAUUGGCGCGUACCUCGCGCGCCUCGGUGGCCGCGUGAUCCAGGUCGAGUCGUCGCCCAUGAUCCUCACCGGCUUCCAGGCGCUCAACAAGCUCCUGGGCCGCGAAGUGUACACGUCGAACCUGCAGCUGGGCGGCCCCAACAUCAUGCAUGCGAAUGGCGUCACGCACCUCACCGUGCCCAGCGACCUGGACGCCAUGUGCGCGUUCCUGCGGUGGCUCGCGUUUGUGCCGGAGCGCGCCGGCGAGCCGCUGCGCCUCGUGGCGCCGAGCGACCCCGUCGACCGCGAGGUGGCCUUUACGCCUACGACCACGCCGUACGACCCGCGCGCGAUGAUCGAGGGCGCGUACGGGCCGGACGGCACGUUCCAGCCGGGCCUCUUUGACCGCGGCUCGUUCCAGGAGACGCUCGCGGGCUGGGCGACCUCGGUCGUGGUCGGGCGCGCGCGCCUGGGCGGCAUUCCGUUCGGCGUGAUUGCCGUGGAAACACGCACGCUCGAGCGGGUCGUGCCGGCCGACCCCGCGAACCCGAACUCGACGGAGCACCGCAUCAUGGAGGCCGGGCAGGUGUGGUACCCCAACUCGGCGUACAAGACGGCGCAGGCCAUCGUCGACUUUGACCGCGAGGGCCUGCCGCUCCUGAUGCUCGCCAACUGGCGCGGGUUCAGUGGGGGCCAGCAGGACAUGUACGACGAGAUCCUCAAGCAGGGCAGCAAGAUCGUCGAUGGCCUCGCCACGUACCGCCAGCCGGUGUUCGUGCACAUCCCCCCGGCGGGCGAGCUGCGCGGCGGCUCGUGGGUCGUCGUCGACUCCAAGGUCAACGCGCAGGGCAUGAUCGAGAUGACCGCCGACGCCGACAGCGCGCGUGGCGGUGUGCUCGAGGCGGCCGGCCUCGUCGAGAUCAAGUACCGCGCGGACCGGCAGCGCGCGACGAUGGAGCGCCUCGAUCCGACGUACGCCGCACUCGCCCGCGAGGUGCGUGCGGCGGCCGCGCCAGGCGACCGCGCCGAGGCGAAGCAGCGGCUGCAGGCGCGCGAGAUGCAGAUCGCGCCCUUCUUCCACGCCGUCGCCGUCGAGUACGCCGACGCGCACGACCGCGCAGGCCGCAUGCUCGCGACGGGCGUCCUGCACCGCGCGGUCCCGUGGAAAGAGACGCGCGCGUACUUUUACUGGCGCUGCCGCCGCCGCCUCCUCGAGGUGCGCUACGAGCGUCGCAUCGCGGCCGCGCAUCCGGCGCUCGUGCCCGCCGAGUGCCGUGCGCGUGUGCGGGCCGCCGCGCAGUACCAGGCCUCGGACGCCGAUCAGCGCGUGGCGGAGCUGCUGGAGGCGCAUGCGGUAGCACUCGAGCAGGCCGUGGAGGACGCGCACGUCGAUGCCCUGGCCGCGCAGCUCGCGCAGCUGUCGCCGGCGGUGCGCGACAGGCUGCUGCACAGGAGUUAG